AACGUACUCGCCGCACCAGCCACGGGGCAGGUGGCAGCAGUGGAAGGCGCCCAGUGUAACCGAGGCUCGGCGUGCCCCGGACGACCGGGCAGUCUCGCGCGGGCCGGGAGGGAGCGAGGAUGCGGCGCUGGCUGCUCCGUGGCGCGGCGGCGGUGGUGGUGGUGGUGGCAGCGGCGCUGUCGGGCUUGUACGCCGACGACGGCACGGCGACGCAGCGCGCGCUCAGCCCCAGCGACAAGCGGCUGCUGGAGAGGGAGCUGCUCGGCCUGCUGGGGCUGAGGGCGAGGCCUCGCGUGCCUCGCCGCGCCGACCUCGCCGGCUCCGCCUCCAGGUUCCUGCUCGCCGUCUACGACUACACGAGCCUGGCCCCGGCCGACCGCCUGGCCGUCGACCGCAGCGACGCCGUCGUCAGCUUCGCCGCCCACGCAACGCCCGACGAGGGACUGAGCUUCGACGUGUCCGGGGCGCCCGCCGGCCUGACAGCCGUGUCGGCGCAGCUGAGGCUGUACCACGCUGCCUGCCGCCUGCACCCCGGGGUCGCCCUGACCGUCUCUCUGCACCAGCUCGCUGCUCCGGGCGCGAGCGGGACGGAGCGGCGGCUGGUGGACUCUGUGGAGACCUCCUGCGCCCACGAGGGCUGGCUGUCGCUGAACGCCACGGGGCCCUUCACGGCCUGGGCGUCCUCCCCGGAGUCCAACCUGGGCCUGCACGUCUCCGCGCGCCUGGCGACCCGCCCAGGCCUCGAGCUGCGGCCAGAGGAAGCCGGGGUCCUGAUCGCCGGCGGGGAGCCGGGGCGCGCGCCCUUCCUCGUGGCCUUCCUGAGGUCGUCGCCGCGGCGAGGGGUCCCGGACGAGGGCCCGUCUCCCGGGACCCCCUGGCAGGCCUCCCCCCGCGGCGCGCAGUUACACUGGGGUUUCAGCACUGGUCCAUGUCGGGUCAGCAGUAUGAAAGUUAAUUUUUCAGAAUUGCAGUGGAAUGACUGGGUGAUCGCGCCGAGGGUGUUCGACGCCUCAGCCUGCCGCGGCGACUGCAGCGACCCCGCGGACUCGCGCCUGCGCGCCACCAACCACGCCGUCGUGCAGAUGCUGGUGCACCUGGGCAACUCCUCGCGCGCGCCCGCGCCCUGCUGCGCCCCCGCGCGCCUGGCUCCCAUGUCCAUCCUCUACCGCAACGACGAGAACACCGUCACCGUGCGCAACUACCUGGACAUGAUCGUGAGGGCGUGCGGCUGUCUCUGACGCUCGUCCCUCCGGCCUCCAUCUCUACCUAGCGUGUGUGCCAAACUUGUUUUAACAUGCAUCAUUUGAGUCUAUUAUACCUACUAUGUAAAAAAAGGUUUUAUUAAAACGUUUGUAAGAAUAUUACUUGAUAUUUCCUACGACAAACAGUUAAA